UGGCCCAUUCCCAACCCCACCCCACCUCCCGCAUCACCUCUGCCGGAUCUCCCGACCACCUCCCGCCGCCACCCCUGGCUCCAACGCGCUUCUUCCCUCUGACCCGCGCGUCGCCGACGCACUUCCUUCCACACGGUCGACGCCCCUCUCGCCGGAGCGCCACCUCCCCAUCCACCGGCGCUCCUCCUCCCACUCCACCCCAAUCCACCCUGAUGCGUGCAGCCCUCCUCCCACCCUGAUGCGCGCGACCCAUCGGGCGCGGCACCUGCAUCUCGCCGCCCCGCUCCCUGGCCACCGGAGCGCCAUCCUCCCCGCUCGACCGCUGCCACCCCGGUCCCCGACCGAAACCCACAACGCCCCGUCUCUCCUCCCCUGGACCGCUGUUGCACGCCGCCGAUGCGGGACACCUCCCCGAUGCGCUGCCGCCGUGCCGCGGAUGACCACGAGCGACCUUCUUCCACCUCUCCAAGCGCCGCCACUCGGGACGCCAUGCACUCAGGCUCCCCUGCCGCCGCGAACUUCUUGCUCCUGCCACCACGACCUUCUCCCCCCUGCCGCCGCGUCCUUCUUCCACGCACUCAGAACUUGGCCAUUUCUGGACGAGGAAUCAAGCUCGCCCCUGCUGCUCUGUUUGGAUCUACUCGGUUGCUGGUGUUUGCUUCGAGGCUACUCACACCCGAGCUCCCACUAGCCACGGCAAUCUCAUUCCCGCAGCAGCGGAUGUCGCCGACCUCGACUAGUGGUUGCCGGAUUUGUGUUUCUUCUGUACAAAACUGAUGCAUUUCUUCUCUUGUUUCUACAGUUUUGUUAACUGAACUUUACUGUCUCGACUGAUUGAACUGCACAGAACUUAACUGUCUAGGCUGCAAGGGUGUCAUGCGGAGGUGGCUCGAGCCGGCGGGAGAUGCAGCAGUUCGAUGCAGCCCCUCCACGCCGUUCAACUCAUGUAGCCAACUGGCUCAAAGCCAAUAGUACUGCACGCCGGACCCGGAGGAGGACUUCGAGGAGGGGUACAAGGGGAAGCAGGUGGUGGUGGAGAACCUGCGGCAGCUGUGCGUGCACCGGGUGGCCAACGAGAGCGGGCGGUCGUGGGCGUGGUGGGACUUCGCCAUGGACUACAAGCUGCGGUGCUCCAUGAAGGAGAAGAAGUACAGUAAGGCGCGCGCCGAGGAGGUGGUGGCCUCACUCGGGCUGUCGCUGGAGAAGGUGCUGACGUGCAUGGGCGACCCCGACACCGACGCCGACAACGCCGUGCUGUCCAAGGAGCAGGAGGACUAGAUCGGGCGUGGGUCGCACGGGACAUCACCAUCCUGCCCAUGCUCGUCAUCAACGACGUCCAGUAUAGAGGGAAGAUGGAGAGGACGGCGGUGCUCAAGGCCGUGUGCGCCGGCUUCAAGGAGGGGACCGAGCCGCAAGUCUGCCUGAGCCAUGACAUGGAGACGAACGAGUGCCUGCACCGGAACAGCGGGUGCUGGCGGGACGACGCGACGAACGUGACGGCGUGCAGGGACACGUACCGGGGCAGGGUGUGUGAGUGCCACGUGGUGAACGAUGUCUGCUAUGGCGGCGACGGGUACACCCAAUACAAAGGUCGACUGCGCCGCCACACGAAGUUCACAGGCCAUAGCUGCGGACGGAUGAAAUUCCAACUGUACCGCAACCCCUCAAGAUCCACAGUGGCCAAAGAUGGUGCUCCACAGCUGUUCGGUGUAAUGCCCAAGGAGCAAACAAUGUCUCUCUCAGUUUUGUUUUUCGAAAGACCUACCUAUCAUCUUGCCGCUGCUGCGUUAGAGUGGCUCCAUCUGCAGAUGGGGGAGGUCCCGACCUGCAGCUGGGAGAAGUGUCGACCUGCACCUGGUCACGCGCGCCACUGCCACUUAGGUCCACCACCUACAGCCGGCGCCGCAGUGCCUCGACCGUUCAACUAUGCCACCUCAGCAGUUCAAUAUAUAUUGGAGAAGAAGAAAAAACAACAGUAGGUUCAAAUGUUGUGUUUUGUGAUUGUUGUAGACUUGCAGCAAAUUAGAGGUGGUCCCAAAGGAAAAAUUGUUCCCUUUGAUGGAGCACCUGGCCGUUCCAUUUGUUUUGUUUUGUUUUGCAAAUUGCUAGUUGGCCAUAUAGCUUCAGUAGUGGUAUAAUGCUUUAGGUUCCUGACUAUUGGUCUUGAUGUUUGGCCGUACUUGAGGUCUUGAGGUCGAGCUCGGUAAUGUAUGCGGGAGCAGUUUGGAUUUGGUA